AUGCAAAGCAUCUCUGAUUCUGUAUUACCGGAUGUAUCCAUAGAACCAUCUUCACCAUCAUUACAAACGAUUGUUAAGAAAGAUCUAUCCGCAGUGUCAGUGGCUCGAGCGUCUUUCGUCAAUCAUCGCUCUAUAACUCGACGCUCGGACAAUAUUAUAAGAUACGACGGCAGUUAUGGCACGGAAACAGUGUCUUCUCCAAGAUAUCGAGAAUUGCGUUGUGAACGAGAACUAAAAAGACUACAAUCACAACAAACCGAAACAGAAGAGCAACUUGUUCGGAUGGAAAGUGAACUGCGUGAAUCUAAAUUCAAAGUGGAAUCGCUUAUGGAAGAGGUCACUACAAAAAAAGCAAGGAUAAGGGAUAUGGAAAUUAAUGAAAAGCUGUACCAACGGACAUUAGAGGAAAUGGAAACAAAAAGUGCAAUGAUGAGCAAGCAGUUAGAACAGUUGCAGCGGCACUACGAAAUCCAGAAGGAGAGACUCAUUACGUAUAAAACAAGCGAAGAAAAAUGGGAAGAAACUCGCGCCAACCUUGAUGAAGCUCUUUAUUCAAAAAAUAAUGCAAUUACUCUAUUGGAAAGAGAGCUACGAGAUGUUAAGGAUGAACUGGCUAACUGCUUACAGGGUAUGAAGAAUGCAGAGUUGGAUAUUUCUCGAAUGCAACGAGAAAAUGAAGAGCUUAAGAGAAUUGCUGAAUCCGAAAGAAAAGACUAUCAAGCAUCGAUUGCAGAUUGGCGAUGUAGAUUUGAGAAGGCGGAAGCCGAAAACUUAAUCACUUCUGCAACUAGUGUAGAGAGAAACGCUGCAAUGGCGCUAGAAAUGCGCGAAAAAAUUGAUGAGGCGCAACGGCUGCAAAAUCUUUUGGAUGAGGAAAAAAGGACAACUCAGGAACGAGAGAAAGAGCUAUCGAGGGUUUUUCAGGAAAGAGCAGAAGCCCUUGAAUGCACCAUAGCAGAUGGUCAAAGGACAAUAGAGGAUUUAAGAGAUCAGCUGGUUAUUUUAACAGAGGAUAAGGAUAGACUAGAGAACGAAAAAAUACAGAUAGGAGAUAUAAUGGAAAGAAAAACAGAGGUUUUACGAGAGGCGCUGCUAAUAAUGGAUGGUAUGCAUGAUGAAGUAUCUUCACUCACAAGAAGUUACUUGGAAGAAAGAGAGCAAAAUGACGGUGUGAAUGGAGGAGAUAAUCCAGAUCCAUACAGUGAUCUUCUUCAUGUUAUGUCUAUUGUUGAGACAUACUGUAGACAGUUUGAGAAUCUGGAAUUACGUCUAGCAGUGGAUGAUCAUGAAUUGUGUAAGAAUAUUCGAGGUACCGAUCUCACUGAAACAGUCAACGACCUCCAGUACAGACUCUUUGCCGCGGACCAGAAACGAGCCGCAUUCGAAAAGGAGAGAAGGGAAAUGGAACAUUGUAUGAAACAACUGCAAAAGAGCGAAAGCGAGGUGAAAAGCGAGAAUAUUUUGCUGAAAGAAAAAACCUCAAAUCUACAAGAGGAAUGCACUCAGCUGAAGAAAGAAACUGAGAAUCUGCGUUCAUCUGUACUAGAAUUGAAACAGGAAAUCACAUCAAAGGCAUACAAAAUCAGUGAAAUCUCUGAAGCGCUCGAGGAAUCCAUAGCAGCUAAUGUGCACCAUGCAGAAGUGCUCUCAAACGUGGAAUGUAAUUUUACUGUGAAAAUAGAAAGCAUGAGGAAUAAGGAGAUAUUACGCAUCCACGAAUGUGAAGAAUUACGUCUGGAUAUGUUGAAAAAAGAUGAAGAAAUAAAAGCGCUUAACGAGAAAAUAUCAGAAUUAAAGGAUGCGCUGGAAUCCUUUCACAAAACUGGCGACGCACGAAAUGAUGUGCAGGGUUGGAUGAGAGGAAGUAUAAACACGCAUGACGGUACCUCAGACGAUGCAAAACAGAAAGGAGAUGACAGCUUCGGCAGCAGCGACUACGUGGAUGCUAGUGAAGAUUUUCCUGUGCAACAUAACGCAGCACGAAAGUUCCUCGACCUCACCUCCAUCUACAAAAUACGAAUGUUAAAAGCUGAAUCGAAGCUUGACUAUUGA